UUCGGAAACCGCCGAUGUGAGAGUAACCCAGGCUGGCAAUCAGUCUCGGCGGGGGCCGAAGUUCGAUCGUUCGAACACCCCUGCAUGCCACUUUCCCAUGACCGUUGGUGGCAUCAGAACUUCAUUUCAACAUCAUAUCGAUAAUCUGCAUACCAUCCUAGGCGUCGUUUAGCAAAACUAAUCUAAUGUCUGUCUAUGCAGACUCUCUAGCUAGCGGUUGGGAUCCAGAAUCGUCCUAUCUCAGUUCCUCUGCCGAGUCUGUGAAGGAUGACCGCUUCACCCCAAGUCCAGAUCUCCAAGAAAGCAGUCACGACGAUUAUACCCCCACUCGCGCAUCCACCAGGGAAUCCAACAUCUUCGCAACCCCUACACAUCGCUCGGACUCUGGUGGCCUCUCUUCAAAGACUCGUACAGCACUCGAUGCAUUAUAUGGCCGCAUCUACGAUGGCCGCCGCUGUCUUGUCACACAGUCAGCGAUCAUCCCGCCCACUAUCGCACAUGCUGUUCAACGUGCGAGCAAGCCUGAUCGUUUGACGCUCUAUGAAUUCUGCCUUGGCUUAGAUUUCGGAUCAUUCCAUGUAGAUAGCAGAAGAAACCUUUUCUACUUAUCACGCGACUGGCACUAUGCAUUUGAUGCUAAUCGUUGGUUUCUAUUGCCGGAUGCAGAUGCGCUGGUGAAAGUUCAUGGCUAUGUCGCUGAGGCAAUCACAUCGAGGAAAAGGUCCGAGCCUAGUGGCAUUGAUCAUUUCAGAUCGAAGUGGAACCUCAAAACUAAAACAAGAUACACGCUUGUGCCACUACCCAGCAGAGAGCACCCGCUCAUCUCGCGCAAAACUGAUGAUGGAAGUUGGAAUCAUCACAGUUAUCCUUAUCUAAACCUCCCAUCACUUGAAUGUCACGUAGCGCCUCCGUUUGCAGUCAUCAAUGCAGGUCCUAAAUGCACAAGAGCUCAUAUCGAACAAAUUACACUUGACCAUUAUCCGCCACAAACAAGCGAGUCUGUGGAACUUACACAACGACUUACACUCUUGUGCGAUACUUGGGCUCUUUUCAAGGCUGCGAAGGAGGCUGCGAGGGCUUGGGAGCUAGAAAAGAGGGGGAAGAGGAAGAGAGACCAAGACGACGAGGACAUCGAGAGACUUUCUCGCGGAAGUAAACGCGCCAUGCGGUCGCAACAGCAUUCUACACGCGGUCAUACCCCAAAGUCUGAUCAACCCAAAGAUCAGCCUCUACUGGGUAGUUGCAAGCGCAAAUUGUCACCCGGUUUAAGUGGAGUCACUCUCACCAGUCAUGCAGUCUUACACCUGAAAAAGCGACAGAGGACAGUCGACUUGAAAACGAGAGUCAGAGACUGGGUUGAGGAAUCAACCCGAGCAUCUCUAGACCCAGAUCCUUAAAUUGUCCUGUGCUUGCAGCUAGUCAUACAUUGAUGUGAAUCAUUGGUAGCCAAUCCCACUUCUUUCCUCCCCCGUCAGCCACCCGUCAAUGGUGUCAA